AUGGACGCGAAAGCCUCUCGUUGUACAACCUCGCAUCACACCACUAGCCACCUCCUCUGCCUUACCCUCUCCCUUCAACAUCGUCUCCCCAUCCACACACACUCACUGCUCACUGACCGAGUUGGAAGCAACGCUUGGAGGCACAAUCAAGGUGACACUGUUGGUGUGAAGUGUGUUGUGUUGCACUGCCAAAUGACAACACGGAAUGGGGAUGAGGAUGAGGUCAAUGUUACUGUGAGCACAGUGCAGCUUCCACCACCUCCACCACCACCUGUCGUUAGUGGUUUGGGAGGGAAGGAGACGGGCCAUCCUCAUGUGAUUCCACUGACAUGA